AUGGCGGCCCCCAGGGAGUGGCUUGGAGCCGUAGAGGCAGAGGGGAGCUCGGGUCGCCAGGGGAACUCGGGAGUCGAGGUGGUGGUUUUCUCCGAUCCCGCCCCGCCCGCCCCGCUGUGCCCUCACGGACCCACUCUUCUGUUUGUGAAGGCGAACCAAGGGAAAGAAGAAACACGGAGGUUUUAUGCCUGCUCAGCUUGUAGAGAUAGAAAAGAUUGUAAUUUUUUUCAAUGGGAAGAUGAAAAGUUGUCAGGAGCCAGACUUGCUGCCCGAGAAGCUCAUAACCGAAGAUAUCAGCCUCCUUUAUCCCGUUCGCAGUGUGUGGAAAGGUACUUGAAGUUUAUUGAGUUGCCCUUGUCUCAGAGAAAGUUUUGUCAAAGAUGUCAGCAGUUGCUGUUGCCAGAUGAUGAGGAAAAGCAUCGCAAGCAUCAGAUAGUGGGUGAUAUUUCUAUCACCCAGUUAAAAAGGCCCAGUCAACUCCUUUAUCCAUUGGAAAACAAGAAGACAAAUGCCCAGUAUUUGUUUGCUGAUAGGAGCUGUCUGUUCUUGGUAGACCUACUCUCUACCCUUGGGUUCAGAAGAGUACUGUGUGUUGGGACACCAAGGUUGCAUGAGCUGAUCAGGUUGAAAGCAUCAGGUGACAAGAAGUCUAACAUUAAAAGCCUUUUAUUGGAUAUUGAUUUUCGGUAUUCACAGUUUUAUAUGGAAGAUAGUUUUUGCCAUUAUAACAUGUUUAACCAUCACUUCUUUGAUGGAAAGGCUGCCCUUGAAGUAUGCAGAACAUUUUUACAGAAAGAUGAAGGUGAAGGAGUCAUUAUGGUGACAGAUCCUCCUUUUGGUGGCUUGGUUGAACCUCUGGCUGUUACAUUCAAGAAGUUAAUUGCUAUGUGGAAAGAAGGUCAAAGCCAAGAUAACAGUCACAAAGAACUACCCAUAUUCUGGAUUUUUCCCUAUUUUUUUGAAUCUCGAAUUUGUCAGUUUUUCCCAAGCUUCUGCAUGCUGGAUUACCAGGUAGAUUAUGAUAAUCAUGCACUUUAUAAACAUGGAAAGACAGGACGGAAACAGUCUCCUGUGCGUAUUUUCACCAAUAUCCCACCCAACAAAAUAAUCCUUCCUAUUGAAGAAGGGUACAGAUUUUGCCCUCUGUGUCAACGAUAUGUUUCUCUAGAGAACCAGCACUGUGAACACUGUAAUUCUUGCACAUCCAAGGAUGGCAGGAAAUGGAAUCAUUGCUUUCUCUGCAAAAAGUGUGUAAAGCCUUCCUGGAUCCACUGUAACAUUUGCAAUCACUGUGCUCUUCCAGAUCAUUCUUGCACGGGCCCUAAAGACGGCUGCUUUAUUUGUGGUGAAUUAGAUCAUAAACGGAGUACUUGUCCUAACAUCUCUACAUCUAAGAAAGUUAACAAAGCUGUCAGAAAGCAGAAGCAAAGAAAGAGCAAUAAGAUGAAAAUGGAGACCACUAAAGGACAGUCCAUGAAUCAUACAUCUGUUACAAGGAAGAAGAAAAGAAGAGAAAGAGCUCAUCAAUAUCUUUGCUCUUAAAUGUCCAGUGGCUGGCGAAUAAGAAAGAUUUAUAGUCCAACCUUUGAUGCCAUUUUCUGAAAGUGCCUCACUGGACUUAAAUUCUGUCGCUUUCAAAGGUAUGCACCUCUCUAAGCUUGAAAGUAGGCAGGUGGUAUUUGCUAGUUUAUAGACCUCCUCACCCCCAGCAGCCCCUCUGGAGACCUGGGGAGUUGUUCCAUCCUUAGCUGGUUUGCUAGCUCUCAGUGCCUUUUUUCUGUCUUUAAAUCUCUUCCAGUCGUAUUAUUUUAGCCUCUUUUAUCUGAAAAAUGGGCAUAAAGCGUCCUUUUGCAGGAAGAAAGAAGAAAAUGAGAAUGAAAACCUGAGGUUUUGUUUACAUUGAACAUGAGUAUAAGUUCGAUAUUUUAAAUAUUAAAGUAUUGUACAGUGGCUUAAACCCCACUUGUAAAGAGAAAUACAGUGUAUAAUUUUUUUUUAGACAGAAUCUGAAGAUGAUGGAAAGAAUUUUGACAAAGGCAGUCUAAAGAUAUAAAGAUUAUGAGUAUGGUUACAUUAUUAUUAUUAAAUAUUUAUUUUUCAAAUACUUUUUGCAGUUGUCCUUUGAUGGUAUAGAAUCACCUAAAUGUUUGUUGAAUGAGUGAGGUAUUUAGAAUUAUGACUUGCUCUGUCAUCUUCGUGUCUCUUAACCUAGGCAGUACGUUUCUCUCUUUGUAAAAGUAGUAGCAGAAGGCAGGAUAUUUUGGUGAUCCUCAUUCCUAUUCUAACACUUCCUGGUUGUAUGUCCUUAGCCAGGUCAUUCAUUCUCUAGAAGCUACUGUUUCUUCAUUAUUAUAAUGGGGACAAUAAUAGUUAGACCUCAGGUUUGUUUGUGGUGAAAUUAAAUGAGGCACAUGCCCCUGGCUCUCAGUUCUCCUGUUACCCGUGAGAAACGUUAACAAAUGAAGAUGGCUGCGGAGCACUAAUGGUAAUCACCGGGUGGUCAGGUAUUGUAGCAUGGAAGGGAGCAGUUUGAACAAACAGUUCAUUAUCUCCUUAAGACUUAGUAGUUUAGAAUGGCUUGCAUUUGCACAAUGACUUUUCUCUCUUUCCCAAAUGACUGCUUUAGAGCAGGUUUGGAGGCAUCUCUGCUUGGGCUUAGCUAGCCCUGAGAGUAAAGGUAGAAGAACUGCACUCCAUCUGGUAUUUAAAUUCCACCUGGUAUUUAAGUUAGGAUGGUUUGUUGCCUGAUGUGGAAUACGCACAUGUGGCCCUGAUCAGUGUGGUCCUGGUAGAUCAGGCUAUAUCAAAAGAUGAGCUAAGCUCCUGGACUUAACAAGCAUCAGAAAACUCUUCUCGCCCCCUUUUUAACCUGGGUUCCUGUGGUGAUAGGAGGGGCAGAUUUUGAGGUGAUUGGAUGAGAUAUGAACCUUGUACAAUCAUUGUGAGAGUUCCCCUCUCUGAUUCAGGCAUAGAUGUGGACAUUGCCUGACUUCCAUGGUGUCCACGAUACCGUGGUUAAAAUCUAUUGAAAUCUCCCCAGAAACUCAGACAGCUGAGGGACCAUGACUGCUGAAGAAUUGGGUCCUGAUGGCCAAUGGUUUUUAUCAUCACCAUAUUUUCUUAGUUUUAAGAUAACCGUCGAUUGUAAAAUGCAUUUUCGAUGUAAUCAUAGCUUUUCAGGGAGAAAACACCUUUAUCUCAUUAAUUGUAUAUAUUAAAUUUUAGAUGUAUCUUUUUUCAGAAAUAUUGAAAUGUGAAAAAAAUGUCCAUCUUAGUAUUGAGCAAAUAGGGUAUUACUUAUAAUCAGGAAUUUUGUACUUAAAAACUUUGUUACCUCCUUAGAGAGUUAAAAAUAUGAAAUUUGAUGGUUCUGUUUUUUUGUUCAAUUAAUACUAAUUUUAAGGACUUAAUCUCUUUCUUUUCUCAGAGGAUAAACUAAUAGAAUGUAAAAAUGUCUCUGGGAGGUAAAGUGUGAUGGGAGAUGAGGUCAUUUGUUCUAAUUAGAAAUCUGCCUAUCUGAACAUUAAGAUACUUACUCAAAAUAGCAAUAGAAGAAAAUUCCUGAAAUUUGACAGAUAAAACUUUCUAAGCUUUUUAAAAGGACAUUUUUCUUAAAUAACUACAGCUAAAUUUCAUUCUACUUCUUGUUUAUAUUAUAAAAUGUAAUGAAAUACAAAGUUACUUUGUAAAGGCCCUGGAUGAUCAGAUUUCAGUUUUUUAUCCUACAUUUAGUCUGAUAUUUAGACUAAUUUAUUUCUCCAGUACGCCCCAAUCUUUUCAUCCUAUUCUCUUCUUUCUGUUUGGAAUAUUUCCCUCCAUACAGCCGUCUGUUAAAGUCUUAUGGAGCCUUUAGGCCCUGGCCCAAGUCCCACUCUCUCCUGGGAAGCCUCACGUGAGUCCCUGAUAGCAGCCAGUACCUUCCUCUCCAAACCCCUUCCUAUUCUGCGCCACACUUGAGGCACUUUUCAUGU